CCGGGUCACCAAGCCCUGAGAUCUCCCUUGCUGGCGCGGCAGCUCAUUCAUUACUAGUGACAGCUGUGUAAAGUGAAUCGAACAGAUUCAGGUAUGACUCAGUGCCUUUCCAAACUCGAACACUCCUUGCUUAAUGACCCAGUUCCAUUCCUGUGCCUGGGUCGUUAAUUGAAUUGGUUGCUAAAUGAGGAAUUGUAUGUGGUACGUACAUUACAAUAUUUAUAGCAAAGAAGUGGUCCAAGGAAACUCUAGCUUGAAGACUUUGCUUUUAUUUGUGUAACUCUUGCCACUUGCUGCAGCAGCUCUGAAGUCCUCUUUCAUGGGUGACUUCAGUUGCACUGUCGUGGCUGCUUCGAUGUCCUGAAUCGACUCAGAACAUUUACAGCAGUGUCUGUGGUGGCCAGUUUGUCUUCAUCCACGACAUUCACCGGGCCUGGCACAGUACAACUUCUGGCUCUUCCCCCAAGACAAAAUGAAUAGGAAAGAUCCACAUCUUGAAUCCACUCAAGAAAUCCAGGCGGCCACAACAGCACAACUAAACACGCUCAUGAAAGAGGACUUCCAGAGCUGCCUCAGAAAGUGGCAAGACGCAGGCUGUGUUCAAAUGUUCGUCACUCUGACCUGCGCCUUCCGCUACGGACAGGAAGACAUCGACGUCAUCGGCCUGAGCUUCCGCCGCGACCUGUACUUCUCGCGGGUGCAGGUGUACCCGCCCGUGGGGGCCGCCAGCGCUCCCACGCGGCUGCAGGAGAGCCUGCUGAAGAAGCUGGGCGCCCACACGUACCCCUUUCUGCUCACGUUCCCUGACUACCUGCCCUGUUCCGUGAUGUUGCAGCCAGCUCCACAAGACUCAGGAAAGAGCUGCGGGGUCGACUUCGAGGUCAAAGCAUUCGCCACGGACAACCCCGAUUGGGAAGAGGACAAAAUCCCCAAGAAGAGCUCCGUGCGGCUGCUGAUCCGGAAGGUGCAGCACGCCCCGCCCGAGAUGGGGCCCCAGCCAUGCUCUGAGGCCGCCUGGCAGUUCUUCAUGUCGGACAAGCCCCUGCACCUCACCGUCUCCCUCAGCAAAGAGAUAUUUUUCCAUGGGGAACCCAUCCCUGUCACCGUGACUGUGACCAAUAACACGGAGAAGACAGUGAAGAAGAUUAAAGUAUUAGUGGAACAGGUGGCCAACGUGGUUCUCUACUCCAGCGAUUAUUACACCAAGCCAGUGGCCAUGGAGGAAGCACAAGAAAAAGUGCCGCCUAAUAGCACUGUGACCAAGACGCUGACGCUGGUGCCUUUGCUGGCGAACAACCGAGAAAGGAGAGGCAUUGCCUUGGACGGGAAGAUCAAGCAUGAGGACACCAACCUCGCCUCCAGCACCAUGGAGAGACAAACAGGGAGACUGAUACCCAGAGCCACGUCAGGGUGUGACAAGCGUGAUGCCAGCAGCGGCAGCCGCGUUGCAAACGCAUGUGCGGGUUUGCGGAGCAGUUCCUGGGCACAUACACCGCUCCGCACUUUUGGAGGAGGCUUUUUGUGGCAUCAAGGAGGGCAUAGACCGCACCAUCCUGGGCAUCCUGGUGUCUUACCAGAUCAAGGUGAAGCUCACAGUGUCAGGCUUUCUGGGAGAGCUCACCUCCAGCGAAGUGGCUACGGAGGUUCCCUUCCGCCUCAUGCACCCCCAACCGGAGGACCCAGUUUACAGGAUGAAAAUUUGGUUUUUGAGGAGUUUGCACGCCAAAAUCUGAAAGAUGUGGGUGAAGAAGGGCAGAGAGAUGAAGAGGAGCCUGCCCCUGAUGAGUGACAAGUUGCCUCAAAGCCCCGCCAGGCCUGUAUGGUUCCCCAGGUCCGAGCGAGCCCCAGAAUCUUGCCAGCUGUGGAAAUAUGAGUCUUCCUUCCAGAAAUAAAGUGUGUCCCUGCA